AUGGCCAUGACCAAAACCACCUCUUCUGAUCAUCUUCUUCACACAACCACUGUACAACAACUCCGAACCACCAUUAACAGAGCUCACAUUCUCUUCCACUCCAUUCUCAUCUCCUUCCUGCUCUACUACCGUCUGUCCCGACUCUUCAACCCCCCAAUUGAUGAUGAUUUUCCCAGCACUGCAUGGGUUUUCAUGUUUGUUUCCGAGCUUAUUAUCUCCUUUAUAUGGCUCUUCACUCAGUCUUUCCGUUGGAGACUGGUUUUGAGGUCAGUCUCACCGGAAAGACUCCCCGGAGACAAAGCCUUGCCCGGAGUGGACGUGUUCAUAUGCACUGCGGACCGGAAAAAAGAGCCAACCCUAGAGGUGAUGAACACUGUUAUAUCAGCUAUGUCGCUGGACUACCCGCCGGAGAAGCUAGCCGUUUAUCUUUCCGAUGAUGGCGGCGAUAGGGUGACGAUGAAGGCGAUGGAAGAGGCGGCUGCAUUUGCACGGCGGUGGGUUCCGUUCUGCCGCAAGUAUGGUAUCAAGACAAGGUGCCCGGAGGCUUACUUCUCGGUGUUUGCUGAUGAUGAUUUGAGUAUACGUGGUGCUAAAUUUCAAGUGGAAGAAGAGAACAUUAAGACAAGGUACGAGCAGUUUAAGAAAUGUUUGGAGAGUGGAGGUGAUGAUGGCUUCUGCACUGAAAAUGUCAACACAAUCUCUGUCAACGGCCGUCCCCCGGUGAUCCGGGUGAUUCAUGAUAGUAGGGAGAAUGAAGAUGACGAUAAUGCAGCUAAAUUGCCUCUCCUUGUUUAUGUCUCUCGUGAAAAAAGACCAUCUUAUCCUCAUCGUUUCAAGGCUGGAGCUCUCAACACCCUUCUUCGAGUGUCCGGAGUUUUUACAAAUUCUCCAUACAUAUUGGUUCUAGACUGUGACAUGUACUGCAAUGAUCCAACUUCGGCUCGGCAAGCAAUGUGUUUCCACAUUGAUGCCAACAAGUCUUCCUCAUUAGCUUUUGUUCAAUUCCCACAAAUCUUCUACAAUGUAAGCAAGAAUGACAUCUACGAUGCCCAAGCAAGAUCUGCUUAUAAGACUAAAUGGCAAGGUAUGGAUGGGCUUAGAGGACCUCUUCUAUGUGGCACUGGAUUCUACUUGAAGAGAAUGGCAUUGUAUGCAAGUCCAACACAAGAAGACUCUUUCCUCCUCCAACCCAAAGUGAGUUUUGGCAUCUCGGAUAAGUUCAUUGCAUCGCUGCGUGGCAACAAUGGGCAAUAUAUUUUCAAGAAAGGUGAAUCAUCAUCAGAUGAGCUGCUAAAAGAAGCCCAUUUUUUAGCUACUUGUGCUUUUGAAAAAGGCACGAAAUGGGGGUCUGAGAUAGGUUUCUCGUAUGAGUGCUUGUUGGAGAGUACAUUCACCGGAUAUCUUUUGCACUGCAAAGGAUGGACUUCUGUCUACUGUUACCCCAAGAGACCAUCUUUCUUAGGUUGCACCACUAUUGACAUGAAGGAUGCCAUGGUUCAGCUUAGAAAAUGGACUGCCGGUCUCUUCCAAAUUGGUAUCUCAAAAUUCAGCCCUCUCACCUAUGCAAUGUCAAGAAUGUCUAUUAUUCAAAGCAUGUGCUAUGGAUACUUCACAUUCCAUCCCCUCUUCUCCCUCGCAUUUCUGAUCUAUGGUGUCGUUCCUCAGCUAUGCUUCUACAAAGGCAUCUCUCUCUAUCCAAAGGUUACUGAUCCAUGGUUCUUGGUGUUUUCGAUUGUGUGGGCGUCCUCCCUAUUGCAACAUUUAUAUGAGGUGGUCUCUAGUGGGGGCUCAUUGAGGACAUGGUGGAAUGAACAGAGAAUUUGGAUGGUAAAAUCAGUCACAGCAACCUUAUUUGGAUGUCUCGACGUUUUUAUGAAGUGGAUUGGCGUAACAGGAACUGUUUUUAGGCUGACAAACAAAGUGAUCGACAAACAGAAGCUCGAGAAAUACAAAAAUGGGAAAUUUGAUUUCAGUGGUGCUGAGCUUUUCAUGGUUCCUUUGGUCAUGCUAGUCACUUGGAACAUAGCAUGCUUCAUGGGUGGAGUGAGGAAGAUGUUGUUUGAGGGGGGUUUCAAUGAGAUGUUUGGACAAUGUUUCCUCUCAUUCUUCAUCAUAGCCCUCAGUUACCCUAUAAUUGGAGGGCUAGUAAAAAAAAAUAGAAAAGAAAGAAGAAAAAAAAAAUAAAAAAAAUAACAGCCGGCUCAAGGAAGAAAUUGGAGACGGCUCUAAAAAAUUUUUGGAGACGGCUCAAUAAAUUUUUAGAGCAGGCUCAAUUGUCUGCAGAGGAGAUCCCGAGAGUUAAAAAAAAUAUAGCACUAA